CACAAGGCAGCGCACACUUGUUGACAUAAAGAGCGACUCAAGGCAAGUCCGAGGAAGUCUGAGGAAUCAAGAGAGAGCCAGGAGGCGACGAUGAAACCUCAGGACAUCAUCCGGGAGAAGAGCAGCCUCUGGAUCUUCGGCUACGGGUCUCUGGUGUGGAAACCGGACUUUGCGUACCGGAGGAGCAAAGUGGGACACAUCAAGGGCUACAAGAGGAGGUUCUGGCAUGGAGAUGAUUUCUACAGAGGGGACAAGGAAAAGCCUGGCAGAGUGGUCACACUGGUGGAGGAUGAAGAUGCGUGCACGUGGGGCGUCGCCUACGAAGUGACGGGCUCGCAGGUGGAGGAGUCGCUGCGGUACCUGAACGUUCGGGAGGUGGAGGGCGGCGGCUACGUCACGGCGAUGGUGGAGUUCAUCCCCAGGGAGAAAGGCCAGGGCGCGCUGUCGGCCCUCGUCUACAUCGCCGCCUCCGACAACCCCAUCUACCUGGGCCCGGCGCCGGACCGGGAGAUCGCCGCGCAGAUCGCCAUCUGCCGGGGCAGCACGGGACACAACGCCGAGUACCUGGUGCGCCUGGCCGACUUCAUGAGGCUGUGCUGCCCCGAGGUGCAGGACGAGCACCUGUUCGCCAUCGAGGCGGCGCUCCUCGACAUCCUGCGUGACUGUGGGGGGAUCAAAUCCCCAGAGCCGAAGUCCGUGCUGCUGGCGGCUGUGUGAGGAGGCCGGGGUCGACGGGGGGAAAUGAAAUCCUGAAACCAAUUUCCGAUGAAUCCUCUGUCGACAAACUCUCAGACUGUAAAGUAUUUCCAUGUCGAUAAGCACUCUGACCUUCUGACCUUCUUUCUAUUAAACUGUGCUCCACAGAUAUAAGCUAUCCAAAUACUGUACACCAAACAAGCAAGAAAAGCUUUAAAAACAAUGCAUUUUGAA